GAAAAUACACACAAAUUCCUUGGUUCGGAUCGAAAGCUGCAAAAUUAAAUAGUUAGGAUCAAGAAGAAAGAUGAUGCGCCGAUUUGGUCUUAAAAGCUGUGCCCUAGUCCGCACCUAUGCCAAGGACAUUCGCUUUGGGUCCGAGGCUCGCAAUCUGCUUCUGCAGGGAGUAAAUGUGAUGGCCAAUGCAGUGGCCACCACUCUGGGACCGAAGGGCCGGAACGUGCUGAUCGAGCAGCUGCUGGUGUCACCGAAGAUCACCAAGGACGGCAUCACGGUGGCCAAUAAUGUCGAGAUGCACGAUCGACGCCGCAACCUGGGCGUCCAGCUCAUUCGCCAGGCCACCAACAAAACCAACAACGAGAUCGGAGAUGGCACCACGACGGCCACGAUCCUUGCUCGGGCCAUGACCUGCCAAGGCAUGCACACUCUCCGCCAGCCGAACAUCAAUGUCCAGCUACUGCGGGAGGGAAUGCUGAGUGCGGCGCAGGUGGUGAGCGACGCCCUCCAGGACAUGUCCCAAUCGAUCGACACCAUCGGCGAGGUGGAGGCUGUGGCCAAGGUGGCACUCAACGGGGACGAAAGCCUUUCCGGCCUGAUAGGGGACAUAAUAAUGGAGCUGGGCGAGAGUGGAGUUAUCCUGGUCAAGGAUUCAUCCAGCGGAAAGGACGAGGUUACUUUCCAGGAGGGCGUGCACAUAGAUUCGAGCUAUGCCUCUCCAUUCUUUGCAUUGGAUAAGGAAGACGGCCUCCUGGAGUUUCACGACUGCCUGCUGUUGAUCACCCUGGCCAGGAUUCAAGAGGUUUCCCAAGUAUUACCCGCCUUGGAGUUGGCCAAGGCCAAGGGUCAGCCCCUGGUGAUCAUUGCCAAGGAGUUCUCGAACGAUGUUCUGAAGGCAUUGGUUCUGAAUCAGCUGAAAGGGUGCGUCCAGGUGUGCGCCAUUAAUGCUCCAGGAUGCGUGGAUAAUAGGCGCGACGAUAUGGAGGAUCUGGCUAUAUGCAUGGGAGCCACCCUCCUGGAGGAUGAGAGCUGGCUGGCCAACCUUGAAGAGGACCAAUUGGGCGAAGUGGAGGAAGUCUUUGUGAAUUCCAAAGAGACGCACCUUCUGAAGCCGCUGAACGUGGACAAGAAACUGAAGAAACGCCGCUUCUUUGAAAUCGCAGAGCUCAAGAAGAAGGCCUUCACCGACGAGGAAAUGGAGCGACUGCAUCAGCGGGAGGGCAGGCUGCUGGGACGACUGGCCGUUGUCCGGGUGGGCGGGGUCAGCGAAAUGGAAAUAACGGAACGUAAGGAGCGCCUCAAGGACUCCAUUAACGCCGUGCGCAAGGCCAUGAGCGAUGGUGUCCUGCCUGGCGGUGGUACUGCCUACCUGCGUUGCAUUCCGAUCCUGGAUAAGCUUAAGCCUGCGAAAACGAAGGAGCAGCAAAUGGGCAGGGAGAUCGUGCGGGAUGCACUGCGCCUGCCCUGCUACACCAUCGCUCGCAAUGCAGGCGUUGAUCCCGACGAGGUCACUCGCAACGUCCUGCAAGGCAGUGGCAACUUCGGUUACGAUGCCGCCGCCGGGGAGUACGGAGAUCUGAUCGAACGCGAAAUCAUGGACCCCACAGAUGUGAUGCGGCAUGCCGUAGUCUGUGCCACCGGUAUUGCCGCCAUGAUGGCCACCACAGAGGUGGUGAUCACAGAGGAGCCGGUCAAGCCAAAGGUUCCCCAAAACCAGGUCACGAGGGAUUUGGCAAGUCUGGUUGGCAUGUAGACCAGUAUGUUUCCUUCCAUUUUUUUUUGAGACGUGCAUGUGCGAUUACAAAUUAUUUCAAUAUCUAAAUUUCUUUGACUUAUGUGACUUGAAAAAUAUUUGGAUAGCAAGGAAUUAUUAUUAAAAUUAAAGCGAA